AGAGGCUCAAGAUUGCCAGCUGCAUCACCAAAGUCGACUUGUUAAUCUUGCAACCAUUUGUUUCAACCAAAACAACCCAACCAAGCAAGCACUAUUUACCCCCCAAACCAACCGGUCUUAUAUCGAGAAAGGAAAAAUUACAUUACCCUUCACAUCAAUUAAAAGAUUUUAACGACAAUGCCUCCUGCAAAAAAAAGAAAGACGCGCUCGGCCACCAAAGCCAUGGCUGCCGCCCAAAACGAUCCUCCAGCCUCAACAGAGAUAAACGAGCAACCCCCUGUCAAGGAAGACGUGGAGAUGUCUAUUCCAGAGCCAAUACAGGAAAAGGAACUAGAGCAGGAGAAGGAACCAGAACAGGAAAGGGAACAAGAACAGGAGAAAGAGCAGGAACAAGAGAAGGAGCCGGAACAGGAACAGGAUCUAGAACAGGAAAAGCAACCAGUACAGGAGAAGGAACAGGAACAAGAAGUAGAGAAACCUGACUUGCCAACACUGGCAAACGAGAUGGAAACAGAGACAGAAGCAGCAACAACAGCAGAAACACCCGUAGCAGAAUCUAGUUCAGCAGCAGGCGCUGCCGAAAAGGCAAAGGACCGAAUGGCCCGUUUCAGGGCCCUACAAGCCCGCGCCAAAACAUCAUCCGACCAGAACCUCAAAGAAGCGACCAAGGAAUCCCAACGGCUAGCCACCGACCCGACCGCCCUCGUCUCGCUCAACCGCCGGCGCGACAUCGCCACGCACAAGCUCCUCAAAGCCGAGACCGAGGAGGCAGGCGAGGACUUCGAACGCAAGCGCGCCUGGGACUGGACGGCGGAGGAGAGCGAGCGCUGGGACCGACGCGUGCGGAAGAAGGCGGCCCACCGCGACAACAACGCCUUCCAGGACUACCGGCAGGAGAGCAACAAGGUGUACAAGCGCCAGCUGCGCGACAUCAACCCGGACCUGGACCGGUACAACAAGGACAAGAUGGCGGCCAUCGAGCGCGCCGCCGCCUCGGGCGGCCUCGACAUCAUCGAGACCGAGGACGGCGAGCUCAUCGCCGUCGACAAGGACGGCAGCUUCUACUCCACGGCCGACUCGACCGCCUUCGUCGAGAACAAGCCCGACAAGGCCGCCGUCGACCGCCUGGUCAGCGACCUGCAGAAGGCGGAGGAGGCCAGGCUGCGCAAGCGGCGGGAGAGGAUGGCGCAGAACGGCGACGAGGGCGACGUCACGUACAUCAACGAGAAGAACAAGCAGUUCAACCAGAAGCUGUCGAGGUUCUACAACAAGUACACGGCAGAGAUCAGGGAUAGCUUCGAGCGCGGAACCAUGAUUUAAGGAGUUGGAGAAGAACGAGGAGUAAGAAGGAUAGGGGUAGAACGGCAUGCACUGAAGAAAAAACAGCAUGAAGAACCUUGGUUUGUGGCGGAGAGAGAUUCAUACAGAUGCAUAAACUAAGUAGGGGCGUUUUUAGGGCAGGCUAUGGUAC